AGACUUUUAGUGAAGGGUAUAAUCAAACAGUAAUACCAUGCUCUCAUUAGAGAGACUACAUCAAGAGCUUUGUAGUGAGUAGAGCAUAGGGAUGAUCACUUUCGAUUGGAUUUCGCCCAAUGACUGCUGAGUGGAUUAGCAGCGCCUGUGGCAGGUUGAGCUUCCUCAACUGGCUCAUUUUAUCAACACAGACAUUGUCAGAUAUUUGUUUAUCUCCUUCGUUAAUUUCCUUCAGCCACCCAAAUCAUGUAUUUCCAAUUUACUGUGGGGAGUGUGCACUUUCUUUGUGCGUUUUCUUACAGACACUUUAGCGUAUCUAAAUCAUAUCUGUAAUGCUUAUACUAUGUACAAAUACAAACCCUCCUCCUCCCGGUCGUGCAGUGGCGCUGUUCCGCUACGGAUAAACGUGCGGUGGCGGCUCGGCCAUGUUGAAGUGUGGAGGAACUGAAGCCCGCCAUUGUGUGUCUGAUCUGCAGCUGGAGCGAGAGAAAAAGACACGGACGCAAACACUCUAAAAACACUCGUUUCUCGUUCACGUUAACCCGCAAACAAACGCGCAGACUAACACACAGGCUCCGGGGAGAGAGAAAUGUCAGUCAGCAGCCUUCUGGAGCAGGUAAAGAGAGGCACUUUGUGAACAUUGAGCAGAAGUGGCGUCGAGGCGGGUUUUUCACUCUCGCAGCGCGAGUUCAGGCCUGAGCUUCAAAUAAACCAUCAUUUAUUCUCCUUCUUUCCUCUCAAAACUCACUCCUUCAUGAAUCACCUGGACCCAAUCCAGAGACCGAAAGGCCAAGCAAAUAAAGUGCAAAACGGAGCUGUUACUCAAAAGGAUACUUUGAAUGAUGAUGAGUUCGAGCCUUACCUGAAUGCUCAGCCCAGACAGAGCAAUGCCUAUACGGCCAUGUCCGACUCCUACAUGCCCAGUUACUACAGUCCCUCUAUAGGCUUUACCUAUUCGCUUAACGAAGCUGCAUGGUCUACAGGUGGCGACCCUCCGAUGCCUUACCUGGCCUCCUAUGGACAGCUUAGCAAUGGCGAGCACCACUUUCUCCCAGACGCCAUGUUUGGCCAGUCGGGGACACUUGGGAGCAACCCUUUCCUGGGACAGCAUGGCUUCAACUUUUUCCCCAGUGGGAUUGACUUCUCCGCCUGGGGAAACAGCAGCUCUCAGGGACAGUCCACACAGAGCUCAGGUUACAGCAGCAGUUAUGCCUAUGCUCCUAGCACGCUAGGAGGCGCUAUGAUUGAUGGACAGUCACCCUUUGCAGCCAAUGAACCACUCAACAAGGCCGUGGGAAUGAAUAGUUUAGAUCAGGGCAUGGCGGGGCUUAAGAUUGGGGCUGGGGAUAUGACACCCAAAGUUGUUGGUUCUGGACUCCCUGGAGGACAUCUGAGUCAGGUGUCGGCAGCUCCCACCAUUCCUCCAUCCUCCAUGGCUCCUGCAAAAGCUGCAUCUUGGGCGGACAUUGCCAGCAAGCCGGCCAAACCUCAGCCUAAGCUGAAAACCAAGGGAGGGCUUGGUGGGACAAAUCUGCCACCUCCUCCAAUCAAACAUAAUAUGGAUAUUGGGACUUGGGACAACAAGGGGACAGUGCCAAAACCAGCAGCCCCUCAGCAGGCUUCCGUGCCCACUAAUGGACAGCCACCCAGUCAGUCGUCUCCACAACCAGGGACUACUGCUGGAGGGGUACCACAACUGCCCCUCACCAAUGGACAGCUGGUUCCUCCUGGUCAACUUGGGCAGCACCCUCUACCCACUAAUGGGCAGCCGGGAGCUGUCCCACCACCACUGUCCCAGGGCCCUCCUGCUUCCCAAAACUCUCAACCAACCCGCUGGGUCCCCCCGCGUAACCGUGCCAAUGGCUUUGGGGAUGCAGCGGGUGGGCCUGGCCAAUCCCCUCCUAGUUCAGGAAUGGGUGGAGUUUCUGCACCAGCAGAGCCCCACCCAGUUCUGGAGAAACUUCGAAUGGUGAACAACUACAAUCCCAAGGACUUUGACUGGAACCCCAAGCAUGGUCGUGUUUUCAUAAUCAAGAGCUACUCGGAGGAUGACAUCCAUCGCUCCAUUAAGUACAAUAUCUGGUGCAGCACGGAACAUGGCAAUAAGCGUCUGGACGCUGCAUACCGUUCACUGGCCAACAAAGGGCCACUUUACCUGCUCUUCAGCGUGAAUGGCAGUGGGCACUUCUGUGGCGUGGCUGAGAUGCGCUCGCCUGUGGACUACAACACCUGUGCAGGCGUGUGGUCACAGGACAAGUGGAAGGGACGUUUUGAUGUGCGCUGGAUCUUUGUGAAGGACGUUCCAAACAGCCAACUGAGGCACAUUCGUCUGGAAAACAACGAGAAUAAGCCAGUCACCAACUCCCGUGACACGCAAGAGGUUCCAUUGGAUAAGGCGCGUCAGGUGUUGAAGAUCAUCGCAAGUUACAAGCACACCACCUCCAUUUUUGACGACUUCUCACACUAUGAGAAACGUCAGGAAGAGGAGGAGAGUGUGAAAAAGGUGGAGGUUCAGGCGAGUGACCCGUACUCCAAUAACUCCAGUCGGAGCCACUACAGAAUGCAGGAUCGCCAAGGGCGUGUGAAGUAACAAGCACUGCUUUGGGCAAAAGACUGACAGGCCCUGUGCUCUCUAUCCCCAAUCUUACAACCAGAUAUUUUCAGAAGUUAUUUUGGGGAAAGAAUUAACCAAGGAUUCAAAACGAGGAAAAAAAAAAAAACUAAAUGAAGACUUUUUGAUUUCUUUUGACCUAAAAGACUUCGAACUUGUAGUAAAAGAAAAUGACAUGAUUAUUCAUAGGACUACAACUUAAUUAUUCUAUAGGAUUCUAAUAGUGAACCCAGUACUUGCCUCUUUUUUUGGUCCCGUUUUUGUUCCGCUGCCUCUUUCUUCUGAUAUCUUUUUUUUUUUUUUUUUAAACAUCUGUUUUUACAGUCCAAGCACAAGGCUUUGCUUCUCAUCACAAUCUUGAGUGUUUUUUAACAUUGAGUUCUAGUGCCUGGAUCCUGUAUAUUGGGUUUUUUACCCCCCUUUUUUUCUGUAAACCCCUCCCUCUCUUUAUUGGAGCUGAAACCAUCCAGUCACAACGCACAAUUGGCGUCGCCUUCACAGUAGAUGUUCUAUUGUUGGUAAUUGGCAAAUUACAUAAAGUAUCAUUACUUUCUGAGGAAAAAAAAAAAAAAGUCCACUGCCCUUAACCAGGAUUAUAUAUAUAUAUAUUUAAAAAAAAAAGUAAAUCAAAAGAAUCAAAUGAAUGUUCAGGAUUGUCCUGAGUUUUUCUGUUCCUGUUUUGUUUUUGUGUUGGUAAUAGAGUAUUUGGCAGGGGAAGGUAAAUGGAGAAGCAGAUUUGAGUUAAAGCUUUGGUCAUUGGAUCAGUUUUAUAGUGUACAAAAGGGGCCGUGUUUGAGAGUUGUCAGCUUAUUUUCCAUUUAAUCCUUUUUCUUCUGCAAGUUAAAAAUGUUGCAAUGGGCUGCUCUCCUCCCAUUAUCUUUUGUUUUGUCUCGUCUUUCUUUCUCUUCUGUUUCUCAAGUCUGCAUUGAGAUGGGCCUUGCACCCUCUUUCGCAUAAUCAGUUCAUUAAAAAUAAAUGUGGUAUACUCA